AUGACGGAAAUCACUGCGGACAAGCGGAUGUCCUUCAUCGAGUUUCUGAUGCACCUGCAAGCCAAAGAGUACAAGAGCUGCUUAACAGACUUGAUCAACCUGGAGUUCUUCCCUCCGGCCUUGAAAGAAGACAAGGAGGCGCUGGACAUCAUCGUGCCCACCUUGGCCACCACCCUGGCAACGCUCUACGAGGAGGGUGGCGAUCUGAAGAAGAAGCGCGAGAUGUUUGCCAAGCAGCGAGAGGAAAUGAAAGAAGCCGGGAAGUUGGAUGGCCUCCGGGAAAAGCUCCAAGCCAUCUCCAAGAAGUAUGCUGGAGCUUUCCGCCUCCCGCCCUACUUUACUCUGAUCCUCCGCGCCUUCUCAACACUGGAAGGCUUGGGCCUGAAAUCUGACGAGAAUUUUGCCAUUGUCAAGGAGUGCUUCCCUUACAUCGCCCGGCGCUUGAUUGUGGACGACAGCUUCCGCAUGCGGGAGGCCUUGAGGUCUUACCUCUACAAGGGCCGCUCGCGCAUCGCUGUCUCGCGCAUCGACGAGCUGUCCUCGGGCUUCGGGAACUUCACCAACCUCAUGAAGGGGAGCCGCUCCGAGUCCGCCGCCGCCGGCGGUGUCCGUGCGCCCGCGACGACAGGGCCCGCCGCGGGCCACGCGGAGGGUGGGGCGGAGCGGUCGAGCGCGCGGCCACAGCUGGACUCGGCGUCGCGGGAGAUUGCAGAGGUGAUCUUCUCUGCGGAGGGCAACUUCUUGCAAGACCUCCUCAUUGAUGAGGGUGUGGCGGCAAUUGACGCCCUGUCACGUGCCACGCUUCUGCAGCUGCUGAGAAACUUGGGGCCUUUGGCACUGCCUUUGACGCUGCCUUUGAACUUCUUGCUGGGUGGCAGCAGUGGCAGCAGGCUCCUAAGUAGAGAGGACAAGGAGUCUCUCUUAGUGAUCCGGCGGAUUGUCCAGCUGGUGGAUGCCUCCAGGGAUGCCAACUCGGAUGAUGAGGGGGCGGACCUGGGUCAGACCGUGCAGAGGCUUCAGCGCUUACAGCCAUUGGCCCAGGGCUUGUUGCCCAGCAUAACGCCAGGUGCUGCUUCCUUUGCGCAGCGCUUCGCUCGUCAGCUUGCCCGGCGCAUUCUGCUGCGACUGGCGGAUGAUGUGGAGCGGAGGGAGCUUGGGCCGGGGUGCUUGAGGGAGAGGGAUGGGGCAAGUCUGACCCUGGGACGAAGAGUUCUUCUGGUCCGGAGCGAGUUGACCAGGCAAAAGACCCUCGCGCAAGGAAUGUUGGAGCUCCCACUGCCCCCUGACUGGAAGAAGAAGCAGGGCUACAAAGGGCGGCCGUACUACUUCCACAGGCUCACAGGAGACACGUCAUCUAGCCAUCCGCAACUGACCCUGUUCAAAUCCAUCAUGGAGGAGGUGACGUCUUGGCCACCGGACGGUGCCCCGCAAGAGCUCGCCAGGCGCUCCGAGCGCCACCUGCGCACGGCCCAUGUGGCUGCGCUCAAGGUGCUAAGUCAAUGGAGUGGGCCUCAUUGCAUGGAAGGAGGCAGUCGACCAGACCGACCUCUGCCGGUGGAUGUGCGGGACGUCUACUUCUACAACUGCAGCGAUGGCUGCGUGAGCAGGUGCCUAGUGUCAACGGCCACGCCGCCGGGGGCUCGCGCGGCCCCCGGGCUCCUGCGGGAACGGCCGUUGAGGUUUGACCUGCAGCAACGGCAAGAGCUGCUGAAUACCGCGAUGGCGCUCUUCCCGCUGCGUGGUUCUUGGGUUUGGUGGGGCGCAGCGUGGCAGAGAUAUUUCAUGAUAUUAUGGGAUAUUGGCCGCUUGGCAGCUGGUUUGAAAUGUGGGCUUGUGACCGCGUGCGAGGAGCUUACGAUUCAUGAGCACAUGAAUUUCUUUACUGACUUUAGCUCCCUGGAACAUGUACAUGCGAUGGGUGUGGCGGAUGGAGCGAUGCGAAUGCAUGUCGACAGCAAGCUUCGCGAAGCCCUUUUGGCCCAGUUCUUGAAGCUUACAACUGAGCACACCACGCUGCUGCGCAUGUGCUGA